AUGGGGCAGGCCAUGGCCCUGAACCUCCAAAAGCAUUUGCAUCGCAGCGGCGCCCCAUCUCUGCGCUUCUACAACCGCACCCUGGCGCGCGGACUGGCACUGGGCAAGAUUGGCGGCGAGCAGAAAACCAGCGUUGAAGAUGUGAUCUCUCACUCUGAUAUCUGUUUUAUCUCAGUUAGCGACGAUGAGGCGCUCACAGCCAUUAUCACAUCCAUCCUGGGUGCUGUCACGGCCAAUAACCUCGGCCAGAAAAUCAUUGUCGACACCUCUACUGUCCACCCGGACACGUCUCGUUGGGCACAGCGAACCCUCAAGGAAGAGGAUGUCAGCUUUGUAGCUGCACCCGUGUUCGGAGCCAGUCCCGUGGCGGAAAAGGGGGAGCUGUUGUUUGUUGUCGCGGGCGAGGAGGAGCAUGUAGAGACUAUCCAACCCUUCUUGGUGGGCGUUAUGGCCCGAAAAGUGCUCCGCUUAAGAGACGAUGUUGGACAAGCGACAAUGCUGAAGACUGCAGGGAACUUCUUGACUGCCGGCAUGAUGGAGCUUGUGGCCGAGGCACAGGUCUUUGCAGAAAAGACCGGCAUCGGCAGCGAGUCCAUGGAGUCCUUGCUUAAGGAGCAGUAUGGCCCGCUGCCCUUGGCAAUGUCCAAGCGCAUGACGGGAGGAUUCUACCUCCCAAAGAGGGGGGAACGGCCAUGGUCCGACCUUCAACUUGCACAGAAAGAUGUGAACAUGGGAAUCAGCUGCGCUAGGGCGGCGGGGACAGCAUUGCCAGUUGCUGAGGUGGUCUCGAAGCACCUCGACGAAGCGCACAAGUAUAGCGAAGUCAACCACCGGGCUUCGGAUUCCUCAUCCAUGUAUGGCGUGCUGCGGAAGAAUGCUGGGCUUCGCUUCGAAUCGGAUCAGGUGUUAGAGAGGGAGGGUGAGGUGUGA